AAGAAUUGUUGUUGUUGCUGUUGUUGGUGUUUUUGUUAUUGUUGUUGUGUUGUUGCUGUUGCUGCUGUUACUGUUGAGUCAAAUAUUUCGUUUCAACAUUAAACUCAGAUACUUUUAAAUCGAAGAAAAAGAAAAAGAAGAUUCAUCAUCUUUGUUUCCGACGGUAUAGUGCGUGUUUUAUUUAUAAGUCCCCGUUCAAUUAGUCCCGUCCUUGAAAGACAUUAGAGUCGAUGAGCGGACCGGUCAACUCGGUCCGUUGUUCCACGCGAAAAACGUCCAAUAUUUUUCACCCUCGUACACAUGAUCGAUAAAAAAAAAAAAGGUUUCUCUCUCUAACUACCUGAUUCGAAAAUAUAAGAAAGCUUUUUUUUCCCACGAGACACGACGUCACGGUUCGUCGAUCAAAUUAACCUAACGUUCGUUUCUACAAGAACCCGAUGAUCAACGUCGUAGAAUAAGGGAUAGGGGAAGAAACAAGAAAAAGGUAUGAGACACGAAUGAAAUUCUGAAACAGGAAAUUAGAAAAUCAUUAAAGAAAGAAAGAGAAGAACAAAGAGAGAGAGAGAGAGAGAGAGGGAGGGGGAAAGGAACUAACCCAAAAAUUCAUACAUCGAAAUGAUGAACAUGGGUGUAACUGUAUACGAUAACAGGGUUCCAAUAAAUGCAAAUGAUCCAGAACAAUUGAUGCUUCUUAGAACCCUGCAAGAUAACGAGAGCAAUAUAUUAGGAAAUCAGCCUCAUUUAAUAGCUCCAAAAAUUAAUAAUAAUAGUAGUAAUAAUAAUUAUAACAAUACUUAUAAUAAUAAUAAUAUCUAUAACAAUAGUACAAGUGGUGGUAUGCCAGCGGUUAACGUUUUACCUUCUUACGAUUCAACAAGGUUGACAAAACAUGGGAAGUAUGGUCAACCACCACCGGUUGCCGUAGCUAGGAGAAAUGCUAGAGAAAGAAAUCGAGUUAAACAAGUUAACAAUGGUUUUGCACUCCUAAGACAACACAUACCGAAUCAUAUAACUGCGUCAUACGGUGAUAAGAGUAAAAAAUUGUCAAAAGUUGAGACACUUAGAAUGGCUAUCGAAUACAUCAGAAGUCUUCAAAGAUUACUCUCUGAAGCGGAUUCUAUUGAAUACGAUUCAAACUCUGCUUCGGGAUCACAAUAUGUUCCUUCACCAUGUAGCAGCAUUGUAUCGUCCCAUCAUAAUUAUUCUGGUGAAAAAUUAACAUUAGAGGACGACGUACUUAUCAGUGGAGAUGUCGAUGAAUACGAACUUGACGAUGAUGAGGAAAAUUGUCAAAAUCAAAUGAAUUUACUUAAAAUAUCACCUAAUCGAACAGGCAUAUCAUCCCCUCACGAUUAUCGUGUAUCUUCAAUGAAAGAAGAAAAAGACGAUGAAAAUGUAGAACCACGUGGUUUAUCGUCAAAUAACGUUGGACAAAAUGUGUCCCGAUUAUCCCCUAAUUCCGUGGCAUCACCGCCAUCAGAAUAUUAUGGACAAAACGAAGAAAACAUGGAACCUAGAAUACUGUCCCCUUAUAGCGGUGCUGGUGACAGUGAAGAAGGUGCUACGUCCGUUUACGCGGCUAGUCCUGAAACCUUUUCAGAAGCCCUUUAUUGCAAACAAGAAGUAGCUGAAACUCGCGAAUUUAUGGACGUUUUCAGUUGGUGGGAACAGGAACAGGGCAGACUGGUGCAUCAUACUAAACAACACGCUCAAAGGUUGGCACACGUGUAACUUAAAAUUACUUUAAUGACUAUUAGCAAGAAGAAUAAUCGAGCAUUGCAGCAAGUUUAAGUGUCUAAUGAUCUCACGAAACUGAAAAAAGAAAAAACAAGAAAAAUCGUCGUAUGAUAAAAACUUUGACGAAUUAUUUAUAAGUACUUAUCGCACAAAAAAAAAAGUAUUUUCUUUCUCGACCACUGCCAAAAAACAGUCUUUACUAGAAGAUUUUUUUUCCUCCUAUUUUUGUUCUUCGAAGAUAUGAUAUUUUUAGAGAAAUACAUUGUCAAUAGUAUUACUUCCUAAUAUAAAUAAGAAAAAAAAGAAAGAAAAAAUUAUAACAAAUGGAUAAUGACAAUCGUUCAAAUGAU